AUGUCAAACAUCGACGACGGUAUAUUAUCCGAUGCGGAGGACAAUUUCGCAGCUAAGCACAGCGACGUUUACUUGGGAUUUGUCGAUGCAGCAAUCAAAGAUUCCGAUGAGGUCCGCACUGACGACACGUUCAUAGGGGGAGAACCUAUUUGGUUACAUCCAGAUUCGCUACCCGAAGAAGAUCUUUUAAGAUGUGGAUCGUGCCAUUCUGUGGCUGACCUGAAAUUGCUUAUACAGGCCUUUGCUCCUUUAGAUGCAGAACAGGUUGGAAAUGUUGCCGAAAAGCUCGGUUUGACACCGGUAAAGGUCAACCCAGAAGAUGAACGGGUUCUCUAUGUCUUUAUGUGCACUAAAUGCUCCAGAAAACCCAAAUCUGUGCGCUGUAUCCGCGGCGUCAAGAAAGGCAAGAAUUCAGACUUCCUGCAGGCUACAAUGACUUCGUCGAUUCAGGAAAAAGAUUUCAAGAUCAACCGCUUUGAAGUCGACCAAAGCUCAUCAAACCCGUUUGCUGUUGAUGCUGUAAAUUUUGAAAGUCCUAAUCCUUUCGCAAUAACCUCUGAAAACCCGUUCUCAACCACACAGGAAACCACCCAAGAAAAGUCCAAAUCGGCAGCUGACACCAUUAAUCCUAAAGUUGCAAGGAAAGAACAUGAUUCUCUACCAGACAAAAAAUUUGACGGCGCCUUUCCUGGCUUCUUCUUGUAUGUCGAAGAAGAGUCCUUUAAAAACAAAAUCCCUGACCACCUCAAGCUACCCAAAAAUGUGAAAAUAGACAAGACAGUUUUGGACCUCGAUCCUGAAAGCGAGGGUUCCUUCGGUGGGUCCAAUAUUGAACUGGAUCCCAGAACCGAAAAGUUAUCCAAAUUUCUAGACGAUGACGUAUUCCAGAAAUUCCAGGACGUUGCAGGCUAUAAUCCAUUGCAAGUACUACGAUACCACUUUGGAGGCGAACCUCUAUAUUACGCAGCGAUAAAUGUGGAUCUUCCAAAAGUAAUACCAUCGCCAGGCUAUAAUCCCUCAUCCAAAAGGGUUUUCGAGAUGCAACUAAUGCCUAAAAUGAUUCUGGACUUGGAAGAAACUGUUCUAGAGAAAGGCGGAAUGGAGUGGGGUACCAUCAUGAUUUUCACAGACGUCGAAAAUUAUAUCACGAAGUAUGACGAGCAUGGCGUGGGCUAUGUUGAGGAAUGCGUGAGGGUGCAAUGGGAGACGGAAAAAUAA